CGUACGGACAUAUAUCGCUGGACCGGAAGUGUUGUUAUAGUCAGCGUGCGGUUAGUUUCUGUAGGUGUCAGAAGAAUGAAUUAGUACAAUUAAUACAUAAUAAGCAUAUAUAUUUUAAUUAAAUCGUAAGAGAAAAUAUGGCGGCGAAACGCAAAGCUGAUUUAUCAGUGCCUGCUGAGGAAAGUGAUCAGCUCCUCAUCAGACCACUUGGAGCUGGGCAGGAGGUGGGAAGGUCAUGCAUCAUUCUGGAGUUCAAGGGACGGAAAAUCAUGCUGGACUGUGGAAUCCACCCAGGAUUGGAAGGAAUGGAUGCUCUUCCAUAUAUUGACUUGAUCGAUCCUGCUGAGAUAGACCUGCUUCUUAUCAGCCAUUUCCACUUGGACCACUGUGGAGCCUUGCCUUGGUUUCUCCAGAAGACCAGUUUCAAAGGAAGGACCUUCAUGACCCACGCCACCAAAGCCAUUUACCGCUGGCUGCUGUCUGAUUAUGUCAAAGUCAGUAACAUCUCAGCCGACGACAUGCUGUACACAGAGACAGACUUGGAGGAGAGCAUGGACAAGAUCGAGACCAUCAACUUUCACGAGGUGAAGGAGGUGGCCGGCAUCAAGUUCUGGUGUUACCAUGCCGGUCACGUCCUGGGGGCAGCCAUGUUCAUGAUCGAGAUAGCUGGCGUGAAGAUCCUCUACACAGGUGACUUUUCCCGACAGGAGGACAGGCAUUUGAUGGCAGCCGAGAUCCCCAGUGUCAAGCCUGACAUCCUCAUUACUGAGUCCACGUAUGGAACACACAUCCAUGAGAAGAGGGAGGAGCGGGAGGCCCGGUUCUGCAACACAAUCCAUGACAUCGUCAACAGAGAGGGCCGCUGUCUCAUCCCCGUGUUCGCCUUGGGCCGAGCCCAGGAACUGCUGCUCAUCCUAGACGAGUACUGGCAGAACCACCCAGAGCUCCAUGACAUUCCCAUCUACUACGCGUCGUCUCUGGCCAAGAAGUGCAUGGCCGUCUACCAGACAUACGUCAACGCUAUGAACGACAAGAUCCGCAAGGCCAUUAACGUCAACAACCCCUUCGUCUUCAAGCACAUCAGCAACCUCAAGAGCAUGGACCACUUUGAUGACAUCGGGCCCAGUGUGGUGAUGGCCUCUCCAGGUAUGAUGCAGAGCGGUCUGUCAAGAGAGCUGUUUGAGAGCUGGUGCACCGAUAAGAGGAACGGCGUCAUCAUCGCCGGCUACUCUGUGGAGGGUACCCUCGCAAAGCACAUUAUGUCAGAGCCAGAGGAGAUCACCACCAUGUCAGGCCAGAAGCUGCAGCUGAAGAUGUCUGUGGACUACAUCUCUUUCUCAGCCCACACUGACUACCAACAGACCAGCGAGUUCAUCAGGGCUCUCAAACCCCCUCAUGUGAUCCUGGUGCACGGGGAGCAGAAUGAGAUGGCCCGUCUGAAAGCUGCUCUGAUCAGGGAGUACGAGGACAAUGAUGAGGUCCACAUCGAGGUGCACAACCCCCGCAACACUGAGGCCGUCACACUCAACUUCAGAGGAGAGAAGUUGGCUAAGGUGAUGGGCUCCCUGGCUGAUAAGAAGUGUCAGCAGGGUCAGAGGGUGUCUGGGAUCCUGGUCAAACGCAACUUCAGCUACCACAUCCUCACCCCUUCAGAUCUGUCCAACUAUACAGACCUGGCCAUGAGCACAGUGAAGCAGACCCAGGCCAUUCCCUUCACUGGACCCAUCUCUCUGCUGGCCAGCCAUCUACGCAACCUGGCAGGGGAUGUGGAGGAGGUGGAGUCUGCAGAGAAAAUCACACUCAGGAUCUUCAAGAAUGUCACACUGGUGCAUGAAGCUGGCAUGGUGGUUUUAGAGUGGAUCGCCAACCCUCUGAAUGACAUGUAUGCUGAUGCGGUCACCACAGUGGUUCUGGAGGUCCAGUCCAACCCUAAAGCACAGAAAGUUAUGGAGCACAAGAAAGAAGGUAUAGAACUGGAUGUUUUCCAGCAGAGGCUGGAGAUUAUGCUUCUUGACAUGUUUGGGGAGGACUGUGUGGACUUCAAGGACAAUAAGAACCUGACAGUAACAGUGGACGGGAAUACUGCCUUCAUCUGCCCAGAGACCAGAACGGUGCAGUAUGAGGAGGGCAGUGCUGAAGAUGAGACCCUGAGAGAGAUGGUGGAGCUGGCUGUGCAGAGGCUCUAUGAUGCUCUCAACCCUGCCAUCUGAGGAGAGUCAUCCACCUCCUCCCCUCUCUCUCUCCCUGGACAGGCAGCCUGUCCCAGAAGCAAUAGGCACGGCCCAACACACCGGAGUUCCCAAACAGCAUCACCCAGAGGCACUUGCCCACUUUCCUUUACGGGCAGUGCAGUACUGACAUGGUCUAUAUGAAGAGUGUUCCUGUGCAUUAUUAAUUGAUAUGCGUAUGUUAGCCGGGCAAUGAUUACAGUGGAUAUAUUCUACAUGUUGUCCCAGUACUUGUAUUGACAUUGCCCCCUCUGUUUCAUUCCUCUGUAAUUCUAGCUGCCUUAUCACAUAAAGGAAGAAUCUGUGUUUGGGAAAGUGUAGAUUCCACAGGAAUCAAACCGCCGUUGAAUUCUCAACGUGUAGACUUUGUAUAUUUGCAUUAUGCAUUGCAUUGACAAAAUUUGUUUUAAAUAAAGUAAUUAAGGACUGCUGGCCACAUUUCUGAACUAA